AUAAAUAGGACCUAGACGAUCAAUCGCAAUCGCAUAUCCACUAUUCUCUAGGAAGCAAGGGAAUCACAUCGCCAUGGCAGCCAAGAUGUUUGCAUUGUUUGCGCUCCUAGCUCUUUGUGCAACCGCCACUAGUGCUACCCAUAUCCCAGGGCACUUGUCACCACUACUGAUGCCAUUGGCUACCAUGAACCCAUGGAUGCAGUACUGCAUGAAGCAACAGGGGGUUGCCAACUUGCUAGCGUGGCCGACCCUGAUGCUGCAGCAACUGUUGGCCUCACCGCUUCAGCCGUGCCAGAUGCCAAUGAUGAUGCCAGGUAUGAUGCCACCGAUGACAAUGAUGCCGAUGCCGAAUAUGAUGCCAUCGAUGAUGGUGCCGACUAUGAUGUCACCAAUAACGAUAGCUAGUAUGAUGCCACCGAUGAUGAUGCCAAACAUGGUUUCACCAAUGAUGAUGCCGAGUAUGAUGCCUUCGACGAUGACGCCGAGUAUGAUGCCACCGAUAAUGAUGCCAAGUAUGAUACCACCGAUGAUGAUGCCGAGCAUGGUGUCAUCAAUGAUAAUGCCAAACAUGAUGACAGUGCCACAAUGUUACUCUGAUUCCAUCUCGCACAUUAUACAACAACAACAAUUACCAUUCAUGUUCAGCCCCACAGCCGUGGCGAUCUCACCCAUGUUUUUACAGCAGCCCUUUGUUGGUGCUGCAUUCUAGAUAUAAGCAUUUGUGUUGUACCCAAUAAUGAAGUCGGCAUGCCAUCGCAUGCGACUCAUUGUUUAGGAAUAAAACAAGCUAAUAAUGACUUUUCUCUCAUUAUAAUGUAUA